AUGAAGAAAACAGGAGGCCGCGACCACACCGGCCGCAUCCGUGUCCGGGGGAUCGGUGGAGGACACAAGCGGCGGUACCGGAUGAUUGACUUCCAGCGGCUGCGCUAUGAGGAGGGAGCCCCACCAGAGCCCUUCACCGAGAAGGUCAUCAAUGUCCGAUACGACCCUUGCAGGUCGGCUGACAUCGCGUUGGUGGCCGGUGGCAAUCGGAAGCGCUGGAUCAUUGCCACAGAGAACAUGCAGCCAGGGGACAUCAUCAAGAACUCCUCUCACAUCGGCAGGAUGGCAGUGUUGGCUAAUGAAGGGGAUGCUUACCCACUGGGUGCCCUGCCUGUGGGAACGCUGAUCUGCAACCUGGAGAGCCACCCUGGGAAGGGAGCGCAGUACAUUCGGGCAGCUGGGACUUGUGGUGUGCUGCUCAGGAAAGUGAAUGGGACUGCCAUUGUCCAGCUGCCCUCCAAGAGGCACAUGCAGGUGCUGGAGACCUGCGUGGCCACAGUGGGCCGUGUGUCCAACGUUGACCACAACAAGCGGGUGAUUGGGAAAGCAGGUCGGAACCGCUGGCUGGGCAAGCGCCCGCACACAGGCUUGUGGCAUCGCAAGGGUGGCUGGGCUGGGCGCAAGAUCAAGCCUCUGCCACCCAUGAAGAGCUACGUCAACCUGCCGCGGAUUGCGGCGCAAGAGUGA